AUGCUGGUGGAGGAUCUGGAGAACAAGUUGUUCAGGAUCACUGCGGGGAGGUAUGCCAAGACUGGGGAGUUCCCAUGGCAUGUGAGCAUCCAGAGCAACGGGAACCAUAUCUGCGGAGGCACCAUAAUCAGUGCAUUGUGGAUUUUAACUGCAGCCCAUUGCUUUGAAGAAGCGCCACCAGAUCUAACUGUUGUAGUGGGGGGAACUGACCUCAGCCUCCCGAUGGAAGAAUAUAAGCUGGACAGCUUGAUCCUUCACAAAAACUUUGACAGAAUGAGCAUACAAAAUGAUAUCACUCUGGUCCUGCUCAGUUCUCCCAUCAAGUUCAGCAAUGAGAAAAUCCCCAUCUGCUUGCCCUUCAUAUAUGACAUUGAUACAUGGCAAAACUGCUGGGUUGCUGGUUGGGGAACUACACUUGCAGUGCCAGCAUCCCAUGUACUGCAGAAAGCACAGAUGAAGCUCAUCAGCAGACAACAGUGCUUGGUGCAGAUGCCACAGCUAGACAAGGAUGAGAACGUGCUGUGUGCUGAGCUGGAGAGAGGACAAAAAGGGCCCUGCCAGGGCACAAAGGCAGAUCCUGCCUGUACUGUGUUAACAAAAAGUGCCUCUCAAGGAACAAGGAGCAAAAGGAGGGUGUUAGCUAAGGAUUUUUGAAGGUGCUGCCCCAGGGUCCAGCUGUUGGUCCUUCUGAUUUCCAAGUGGUGUCAGACACUGAGUCACUCUGACAUGAGGAAGUAAUAUAACAGGAAAGACCUGAACCGUUCAAGAGUGAGUUUCACAAGCAAUCAGAUGGAGUGCAAGAAUGGAUGACCCGAACCAAGCUGGUGCUGAAGCCUGGACUUCAUCAGUGUGUUCAGCCUCCUUUGGAUCUGCAUUUGCAUCUGCAGCAUC